AUGUUGCUGGACAAUAUUUAUGAUGUGAAUUUGACUACGGAAUAUUGUGAAAUCGUAAGUUUUUGAGAGGAUUUUGAAAGUUUUCAAAAAAAAACUUAAUGCCACGUGGAAUUUCUAAAAGAAAAUUCUAGAUGUUUUUAUGUCACUCAUUGCUUAUUGCAAACAUGGAAAAUAUUUUUCAAUUCUGAAUUUUUUUAGCUUGAAAAUGUUCCACACGAAUUUUUAUCUCGACAAUUUGGAAAUGUUUUGAAACAGAUUAUUGUCUAGAAUUGUCAGAAGGAUUUUUCUGAUUAGUCCUAAUUUAGAAAAAAAAAUGUUGAGUUGAGUCAUAAUUUUUGUCAUUCGAAUUAUAAACUUUGCAAUAAUCCGGAACCUAAGUUUUCCAGGAAAUGUUGAUAAAAAUUUGAGGGAUUUUGUGAAAAUACCAAAAUAAAAUCUUGAAAAUUAAUUUCUGAAAAAAUAAAAUUUCCUGAUUCCUAUGUGACUAACCCUGAAUUUGAGCCUAAAACUCCCCAAAUCUUUUUUUUUCAGUGGUUCCCCGCUGGUCGAACAAACCUCUAUCGGCUCGUGAAAAUCUAUCACAUAAUACUGGCAGCCGUCUCAAUGUUAUCAAUUAUUUAUUUUCUUUUGAAGUUCCGAAAUUUUCUUACCUUUCAUUUCAAUGUCAAAGUUUGUUGGAUAAUUUUUCAGAUCUAAUAUGAGCAAUCCCUAUUUUUUGCAGAUUUUGUUCUUUUUUCCAAUUUGCCGCGUGUUUUGUUCAUGCAGCUGAUUUGGGUAUUGCUCAGGUUUGUUGGGGAAUAAUUAUAGAGCACUGGAAGUUUUCUAGAAAAAAUAGCAUUGUUCAGAAAAUGAAUAUUUUAGAAAUUUUCAGCUUCAAAAAUUAAAAUUUCAAAACGCCGUCAUUGCGUAGCAUCGUUCUAAAAAUAAAUUUUUUUUGCGCGCGAAAAAUAUUUGCAGGUGUAAUUGAGUUUCCUUCCAAACUUUUUUGUCUGAAAAAAUUUGAGUUAUCUUUUUUUUAAAGUUUUGAUUAGAGAUUUUUGUAGGAUGAAAAAACAAAGGAAAAAUUCAUUACGCGUAAAGGAAGAAACUUUUUGUGGUUUGUAGUUGAGAAAAGUUCACGUAAAUUGCAUGUUUAUAGAAACUUUUGCACUUUUUUCAAGAGCAAGUGUCUGACGGAAGAAAAAAGAGAAAAUUAUAGAAAUGACACAGCUAAAUUUCAAAAAUCUAUAUUUUUGUCACUGGAAAAUGUUUUAAAUGAAAAAUUUUUGACCACUCUGACAAGGAGCCGUGCCUUGAGAGCUUCUCUACCAAGCAGCCGACUCUAGAAACCCUAGUUCUCAAGUAACCUCGCCAAGAUCCUAAUUUUCAAAAUUCUAAAUUUCAGACCCACCAUCUGAUAGCAUCUCUUCUAGCUGUAGAACCUUGCGAUAUAGUUAUACCAAAAUACCUCUACGCCAUUCUCAAUGUCCCUUUAAUCUUCUCAAUGAUAUGCAUCGAAUCUUCCACUUGUGCAAUGGUUAUUGAACGAACUAUUGCUUCUUGUCUAUUUCGAUGUUAUGAAAAAGCACCGAAGAAGAUUGGAUUUGGACUGUUAGUUCUAACGGUAAGCAUUUUAUUGAGGGAAUAUUAUGAAUAUUGAAAAAAAUCCCAGAUUUUUCAUCCAAUCGGUGUUGUUGGUUACAUUUACUUCAACGAAACCUUCACGAAACCACAGAUGGUUGUUUUGGCGACGACACCAAUAUCAACUUCGAAGGUGAAUGAGAUGUUUACACUGAAUAUUGUUUUUCUACUGAUCUCAUUGUUUCAUAGUGUUGGAUUGUAUAAGAAUAAUCAGAGGAGGGAUGCGUGAGUUUUUUUGUUGGGAGGGCUAGAAAAAGUUGGGUUUUUAGCAAUGGAUUCAGAAAAACUUUUAUUUUGACUUCUCGAAAUAUUUUCUAUUCAAAAAAGUGCUGAAAAAAUUCCCCGGGAAUCAUACGUUUCCAAUUUACCAUAUGGCUUUCACGUAUUUUCAAAAAUGUGAUUUCAAUAAUAGUAUCAAAUUAAAAAAGUGCGAAAUAUUUUCAAUUCAAAAAAUAUUUGACAAUAGCCUCGCUACCGCCCGAAAGCGAUACAACACACAAAACACACGAAUAUAUAAAUUUCUUGUGUGACCGACGGUUGACGGGUUGUGCGUGCUGCUAUCGUUUGUGUGCAAAAUGGGCGGGGCUUAAUUGUGUGAGCGCGUUUUUUCCGCAAGUUUUCAUGGUUUAUGAGUGAAUUAUGAUGAAAAUUAAUGGAAAAAAAAAUUAAAAAGCUAGAAUUCAGAAAUUCUGCGAUUGAAAAAUUUACAAGAAACUUAGAAUUCAUGAAUCCACGUGGCAAUCCACAUUUUUUAAAAUUUAUACUUAACAUAAAUUUUGAAUUCACAAAUCUUCCAGUGUCUCUGCCCAAGGCAAUAUGCGUCUCUCAUCUCGCUAUCAACUCUCCGAAAACGUCACCUCCUCCCGUCUUUUAUGGCACAUUUCCAUGGCUCAACUUUUGAUCUACCUAUUCUAUGCCUUUAGUAUGUAUGCCUUGCGUAUUAUUAUGCCAGGAGAACGCGAUUAUUUCUGGCAAUCGAUUACCGAACUUUUUUAUGUGAGUAUUUUGUUCAAUGGAGCGCGGUUGCACCCCUCAAUUUAUUUCAGACCCCUCCAAUUUACUGUGCUGUGAUGCCAUUAAUCUGCCUGGCCACAAUUCGGCGAGCUCAAAAAGAGCGAAAUUUGAAAAUCAGCUCGAUGUUGCAAAUGAGAGCGACUGGAAGUGAAGGAUGGUCCAAUUAUCAAAAUAUGCUGCAAAAGCAGUGGGCCUAA